AUGAAGGCUGUUCGAAACCUGUUGAUUUAUAUAUUUUCCACCUAUCUUCUGGUUAUGUUUGGAUUAACUGGUGCCCAAGAUUAUUGGUGUUCGACUCUGGUCAAGGGGGUCAUUUAUGGAUCGUAUUCGGUGACUGAAAUGUUUCCUAAGAACUAUACAAACUGUACAUGGACGCUGGAGAACCCAGACCCUACCAAAUACAGCAUCUACCUGAAGCUAUACAAGCGAGACUUGGGCUGCUCUGAAUAUUCUUUGCUUGCUUACCAGUUUGAUCAUUAUUCACACGAAAAGAUCAAUGAGUUGCUUAAAGUCAACGAGUCUAUAGUGUACCUGUGCGAUUCAAAGAAUAUUUAUGUAUUUUUGCUGUAUGACAAGAAUUUCGUUCAACUACGGAGAGUUUUUCCUUACGAUUACAACGGAUUGACGCCACAGAAGCUGGAUGAGGAAGAGAAGUCUAAUGUGGAGUUUUUGGUGUUGAACAAGGCGAGCCCCAGCCAGUUUGGGUGUCAAGUGCUUUGUACGUGGCUGGAGAACUGCCUGAAGUUAGAAAAAGGGACAGUGGAGACAUGUGGGAUCGUGUACACGAAAUGCACAUGUCCUCAGCAUUUAGGCGAUGGAGAAUCAGAGAGCAUGCUCAUGCUCAACAACGUGGUUUUACCUUUAAAUCCACAAACAGAGGGUUGCUUGUCACCCCAACUACAAGCCGGGCAGAUCUGCAAUCUGAGUGCGGAAGUGAAACGGCCUCCUAAAGAAGAAUAUGGAAUGAUCGGAGAGCAUACAGUAAAAAGUCAGCGGCCAAGAUCAGUUCAUGACACAAAGGCCCUGCAGGAGCAAGCUGAGUCUGCUAAAUUUAUGGCACAAACUGGUGAAUCAGGUGCAGAGGAGUGGUCCCAGUGGAGCUCAUGCUCUGUAACUUGCGGUCAAGGGUCGCAGGUGCGAACAAGAACAUGUGUCACACCAUACGGAACACACUGCAGCGGCCCUUUAAGAGAAUCAAGGGUUUGCAAUAACACUGCCCCUUGUCCAGUACACGGUGUAUGGGAGGAGUGGUCACCGUGGAGCCUGUGCUCAUUCACAUGCGGCCGAGGUCACCGCACUAGGACUAGGAUGUGUGCCCCUCCCCAGCAUGGAGGCAGGGCCUGUGACGGACCCGAGACCCAGACUAAGCUUUGCAACAUAGCCCUAUGCCCAGUGGACGGACAGUGGCAGGAGUGGAGCUCUUGGAGCGAUUGCUCGGUGACCUGUGCCAAUGGCACUCAGCAGAGGACCAGGCAGUGCUCAGCGGCCGCCCAUGGGGGAUCUGAGUGUCGCGGUCACUGGGCAGAAAGCAGAGAGUGCCAUAAUCCUGACUGCACAGCUAAUGGACAGUGGAAUCCUUGGGGUCCCUGGAGCGGCUGCUCGAAGUCUUGCGACGGCGGAUGGCAGAGGCGAGCCAGGGUGUGUCAGGGGGCAGCGGUGACUGGGCAGCAGUGUGAUGGCACCGGAGAGGAAGUCAGAAAGUGCAGUGACCAGCGCUGUCCAGCGCCAUAUGAGAUUUGUCCGGAGGACUAUGCAGUAUCAAUGGUGUGGAGACGGACGCCUUCAGGAGAACUGGCCUUUAAUCGAUGCCCACCCAAUGCCACAGGCACCACUAGUCGACGCUGCUCUUUGGAUCACCGUGGUAUGGCCUUCUGGGAGCAGCCCAGCUAUGCUCGAUGCAUAACAAAUGAAUUCAGAUACUUGCAGCAAUCAGUUCAGGGGCACCUUGCUAAGGGCCAGAGGAUGCUGGCGGGGGAUGGGAUGUCCCAGGUCACCAAAAACCUGCUGGACCUCACCCAGAGGAGGAACUUCUACGCUGGUGACCUGCUGUCUUCCGUGGAGAUCCUUCGCAAUGUGACGGAGACCUUCAAGAGAGCAAGCUAUGAGCCAUCUUCAGAUGAUGUGCAAAACUUCUUUCAAAUCAUCAGCAACCUCUUGGAGGAGGAAAAUAAGGAGAAAUGGGAAGACGCGCAGAAGAUCUAUCCCGGAGCAGUGGAGCUCAUGCAGGUCAUAGAGGAAUUCAUCCACAUCGUUGGACUGGGCAUGAAGGAUUUCCACAAUGCCUAUUUGAUGACUGGAAACUUGGUGGCCAGCAUCCAGAGACUCCCAGCAGUGUCUGUGAUGACUGACAUCAACUUCCCCAUGAAGGGUCGUAAAGGCAUGGUUGACUGGGCCAGGAACUCCGAAGAUAAAGUGGUGAUCCCAAAGGGCCUCUUUGUUUCCCAGUCAGCAGAAAUGGAGGGAUCGCCUGUCUUCAUUUUGGGAACAGUACUCUACAAGACUCUCGGACUCAUGCUACCUUCACCAAAGAACUACACAGUUGUGAACUCUAAGGUCAUCGCUGUGACUGUGAGACCUGAGCCCAAGGCAACUCAGUCCCACCUGGAGAUUGAACUGGCUCACCUGGCGAAUGGAACAAUGAACCCUUACUGUGCACUGUGGGACAGCACCGUAAUGAACGAUUCUUGGGGAGCCUGGUCCGCAAAAGGAUGUAAAACGGUGCUAACAGAUGCAUCUCAUACAAAAUGCUUAUGUGAUCGUGUAUCUACCUUCGCCAUUUUGGCUCAGCGACCAAGAGAAAUAACCAUGGAGUACUCAGGGGUCCCAUCUGUGACACUGAUAGUUGGCUGUGGUCUGUCUUGCCUCUCCUUGAUCACAUUAUCCGUGAUCUAUGCUGUGCUAUGGAGGUAUAUUCGCUCCGAACGAUCCAUCAUACUGCUCAACUUCUGCUUAUCUAUAAUCUGCUCCAACAUAUUGAUCCUUGUUGGACAAACACAGACGCACAAUGUGGGUGUCUGCAUCAUGACGACAGCCUUUCUGCACUUCUUCUUCCUGGCAUCCUUCUGCUGGGUGCUCACAGAGGCCUGGCAGUCCUACAUGGCGGUGACAGGAAAGGUUCGGACCAGGCUCAUCCGCAAGCGCUUUCUGUGUCUGGGCUGGGGAUUACCAGCUUUAGUGGUUGCUGUUUCAAUGGGAUUCACCAAAACAAAGGGCUAUGGGACACCUUUAUACUGUUGGUUGUCUUUGGAGGGUGGGCUCCUGUAUGCCUUUGUUGGACCUGCAGCUGCUGUUGUUCUGGUCAACAUGGUGAUCGGUAUCUUGGUGUUUAAUAAACUAGUGUCCAGAGAUGGCAUACUGGACAAGAAGCUGAAGCAUCGAGCAGGACAGAUGAGUGAGCCGCAUACAGGAUUAACUCUCAAGUGUGCCAAAUGUGGUGUUGUAUCAACAACUGCUUUAUCAGCAACUACAGCUAGCAAUGCAAUGGCGUCCCUGUGGAGUUCCUGUGUCGUCCUACCUCUGCUGGCUUUGACCUGGAUGUCUGCCGUGCUCGCCAUGACAGACAAGCGCUCCAUCCUCUUUCAGAUCCUCUUUGCUGUCUUUGACUCACUGCAGGGUUUUGUCAUUGUGAUGGUGCACUGUAUCCUACGGAAAGAGGUCCAAGAUGCUUUCAGAUGUCGGCUCAGAAACUGUCAAGACCAAAUCAGUGGUGAUGCAACAGGAACCUUCCCUAAUGGGCAUGCUCAGAUAAUGACAGACUUCGAGAAGGAUGUAGACAUCGCCUGCCGAUCAGCACUCCACAAAGACAUGGGCUCUUGUCGCGCCGCCACCAUAACAGGCACCCUCUCCCGCAUUUCCCUCAACGAUGAGGAGGAUGAGAAGAUCCCUGAGGGCCUAAACUACUCCACGUUGCCAGGCAACAUCAUCUCCAAAGUGAUUAUCCAGCAGCCUUCAGCUCUGCACAUGCCGAUGGGAGUAGGUGAUAUGAAAGAGCAGUGCAUGGCUGACAGCAGCGCUGACAUGCGCCGCACUGUUUACCUGUGCACCGACGACGCCAUGCGCCAGAGUGACCAUGACAUGGUUGGCCAUGACAUGGAAGGCCACUCGUUGCAGGGCCAGAUGAUGGAGACAGACUACAUAGUCAUGCCCCGUGCUUCUGCAGCAGCGGUGUCCGGGUCGGGCAACAUGUCCACCCUCCUGAAAGAGGACAAGAUGAACAUCACUAUGGAUACGCUGCCACACGAGAGGCUGAUGCAUUACAAGAUGAGCCCUGACUUCAAUAUCAGCCCGUCAGGCAUGGACCACAUGAAUGUGAACCUGGAGCAGCAGUAUCCUAGCGCUCCCGAGCAGAUGCAAAACCUGCCCUUUGAACCUCGCACGGCUGUUAAGAACUUCCUCGCUGAGAUGGAGGAAUCUGCGGGGCUUUCUAGGAGUGAGACAGGGUCUACAAUAUCUAUGAGCUCCUUAGAGAGAAGAAAGUCAAGAUAUUCUGACCUGGACUUUGAGAAAGUCAUGCACACCAGGAAAAGACACAUGGAGCUGUUCCAGGAACUGAAUCAGAAAUUUCAAACCCUGGACCGAUUUCGAGACAUACCAAAUAUGGGCACUAUGGACAAGGCAAUGCCAAACAAGAACCCAUGGGAGAGCUACAAUCCAGCCUGUGAGUACCAGAAUUACGCCACUAUGAAUGUACUAGAAUCUGACACCAAGGACUCACUGGAGAUGACGCCUGCAGAGUGGGAAAAGUGUGUCAACUUACCAUUAGACGUCCAGGAGGGAGACUUCCAAACAGAGGUCUAGAGGGUGAAGGAGAAAAUGCAAACUAGAAAAGGAGGAGAAAGAGAUGUAUUUUGCACUGAAUAAAGCAACAGACUUUUCUAACAGCCUUGGCAUACAUAUCUGGAUAAUACGAGUGUGGCAGGGACAUUAUGUGCCAAUACAAUAUAAGGACUGAGGAGAGAGAAAAAAGAAAAAAAGGGAAAAAAACAUCAGUGUUACUUUUUGUAUUCUCACUAGUGUACUUAGUGUGGGGCAGCCUGGUGUACAAUAUUUACCAUCAUGUGUUUCAAAUUAUCUGUUGAGGAAUUG